AUGAGUUUAAAACCCUUCACCUACCCGUUUCCAGAGACAAGAUUUCUUCAUUCAGGAUCCAGUGUAUAUAAAUUCAAAAUCAGAUAUGGUGACAGCAUCAGAGGGGAAGAUAUAGAAAAUAAGGAAGUCAUCCUCCAGGAGCUGGAGGUCCCUGCUGAGAGGAAGGCAGCAAGAGCCAUGAAGAAACGAAAGCGCGUGGAAUUGUCUGUCUCUCCCAGCAGACCAGGGCUGGACAGGGCCACGAUGAGGACUUCCAGCCAAGGUCCCAGCAAAAAGAAGUUCCUCAUGGAAACCAGCAGGAACAUGGAAAGAAACACCCAGCAGAAAUGUCAGGAGACUCCAGCAUUUGAUGGCACUGAUGUCCAGGAACAGGGUUCUAGGUGGGAGGAUAGCCUAGCGGGGGAGGUUACCCCACCAUUGCAGCAAAGCAGUCCGCCUCCACCUGCAGGACCCACAGACCCAGGGACCAGUGGCUUCUUUGGGUUUUUGAGCUCUCUCUUCCCGUUCCGGUAUUUCUUCAGAAAGAGCAGCCAGUGA